CUUAUUCGUAUCAAAAUCGAGUAACAUAGUAUGAGAAUUGUACAGCGCCCCUAUCGGGCGUAAAAGGAAACAAAACAUGGCAGCACGAAUGAUUUUAGAGCGCUCUCGUAUCGAAAUCGAAACGAGAUCGUAAACGAAACUCGAAGCUUAUAAACAAUUGUGAGAUUUUUGAUAGCAUGAACAUUGUUUUGACAUACGGUAACGUAAACUCUCGAAGGCUGGCUACCUAUCGAGUAUGCUCGAAACAUUAUUCACUUGAAAAUAGUCGGUGAGAAAGGUUUCGAGAAGUGUAAAAAUAAAGUUUUAACCGUGUUUAUGUUUUGUUCAGAGUUAGUUUUGUGAAUAAAAGUGUUUCAAAAUUAUUGUUAAGUUAUUGGAACAAUCAGUAAUAGCUUCAAUAUAAUUUACAAUGCAAAGACCGCCACUGUAUGAACGUAGUACCACAUAUUAUUUUUUAGCGGCAAAUUUACUAGAAAAUUAUGGAUAUCAAUCACGAGAAACAAGAGAAAUUACGCGCAGAGCAAAACUUAGGAAUAGAAUUAACCCACUGGACAUAAAUGAAUCCGAAUUUAAAAAUAAAUAUCGCCUAAAUAAAGAAGCUUUUAUGUUCCUCUGUGAGCAACUUCGACAAAAAACAUCAUUAACAUCGAGUGCUAGAAUUAGUCUAGAACUUAAGGUUCUUUGUGCAUUAUCUUUUUAUGCCACUGGGUCAUAUCAGCGAAUAGUGGGAACGGCUAAAUAUUUGGGCCAAACAACAGUGAGCAAAUGUGUGAAGGACGUCACUGAUGCUCUUGUAACUCCUGCAAUCAUUAACACCUUUAUAAGAUUCCCAAGUACUCGAGCUGAAAGAGACCUAAUAAAAAGCAACUUUUUUGCGAAGUACGGUUUCCCUGGAGUUAUAGGAUGCAUUGAUGGAUGCCAUUUCCAAAUUUUUACACCCAGUAAAGAAAUUGAACAUUUGUUUUAUUGUAGAAAACAUUUUCAUUCAUUAAAUGUACAAAUGAUAUGUGAUAGUGAAUGCCGAAUUCUAAAUGUGAAUGCGAAAUAUGGAGGAGCCACCCACAAAGCUUUCAUAUGGGAAAAUAGCCUAGCUAAUAACUACAUGCAGGAGUUACAUCGAAAUAAUGAACAUGUAUGGUUAUUAGGUGAUUCCGACUAUCCACAACGCCCCUGGUUAAUGACACCAAUCCCGGAUGCUGCUGAGGGGACUCCAGCAUACAAAUACACAGCAGUCCAUGGAAAGACGAGGGUGGCUAUAGAAAAUACUUUUAGCCGAUUAAAAAACCGAUGGCGUUGCUUAUGUAAAUAUCGCACACUCCACUAUGGACCUGAGAAAUGUGCAAAAAUCAUGACUGCGUGCAGUGUGUUGCAUAAUUUAGCCCUAAAAUUUAACGUACCCGAACCGGAACCAGCAGAACUCCAAAACAUAUCUUUAUCUGACCAUCUUUUUCAGGAAAAUGGUGGAGAUGACUUAAGUAGGGGAAGGGCGAUAAGGAAUAUUUUAGUAGAUAGAAUUAAUAGAUUACACUCAUAACCUUACUUUUUAAUUAAUAAUUUUAAAAAAUUGAAUAUUUAUAAUAAUUAAAAAAUAACCUUAAA